CACACACACUGUAAUUCACACGCUCGAACUGCGCCAUUGCAAAAAGUGCAUACGUCACUGCGCAGACGUGAAGUCUGCCAGAAUGAGAGGCGUUUUGAGGCAGCCAGUGAAGGGAGCUGUGGAAGACAAACCGCGCGCGAGUGAGAGAUGAAUUUAGUCGCGAGACACAGACGGAGGGAGGACGGCUCUGACCCAGCGCCCUCAGCCGCAGGGCUUCGGUUCACCUUCUGGAACACGAUCGCGGACUCGGCACAUCUGGAACACUAGCUGGGUCCGAGGCAAAACCAAAAAGGUACGAGGGGUUCAGUGUACACUUUCCUUGAACUAUAUUUGAUGGACGACAGAUUGCUUCCUACAUGUGGAAUGUAGUCAUGCCUCAUUCAUUCCAUUCCACAGAUUCAUGAGCAGACAUGGAACACAGCAGCCAUUUCUUGAGGCGUUCCUUGAGAAAUCAGAUCACUUCCAUGGCGCUUCUGCUAAUGAUCCCCUUGCUUCUUGCUCUUGUCCAUCCAACUGCAAGCCAAGUGUAUGUAAACUCUUCUUUAAAUGAUGAUGACAACAUAACCAUAACACCUGCUCUAGAACAAGCCGAUCAGACACAGGAGAGUCUAAGGCCUUCUCAUCCCAUAGACUGGACUGAAGUGCCUGACCAAAUAAUGGGUUCAAGUGUUAAGACAGAAAGAGUAACAGACAGAAAUGAUUCUGUUGGAGUCAGUGAGCAAGGAGACACGAUAUCAAAUGGGAAACCAGAGGCUAUAAAUCAUAAAUUGGAGGAGUUUUCAACGAAACCUUCAAAAAUGCACAUGAAAGUUGACCUUACAGAACAUUCCCGAUCACCAAACAACAGAACCAAUGGUGGACUUCGCCAAACUCAACAUUCCACUGUGAGGCCUGUUACCACAGUACCCACCCAAAAGGUCGGAGGUUAUUCUGGAAAGGAAACCGUUACAUUUAUACCCAUCAAACAAGAUUCUGGAGGAACUACAAUAGUAGAGGCAGAGACAGUGCCCAAAAAAGCAAUUACUGACACCAAUACCAAAGACUGGUCAACGUCAGCAGCAUUACGUCCCACGAUAAUUAACUUAAAGUCAUCAACUGACUCUGAUGAUGCUGACCAAGCCCGAUCAUCUCAUACCUUUGUGACAGCUGUGUCCAUCAGUCAUAUAAAGCCUACUGUUGGCUUAGUGCUUCAGGCUGAAACCUUCACUGCUACAGCUACACUGCCCAACAAGGAACCACCAACACCAGUUCAUUCCCCAGUGAUCGCUGAUAAGAUGAACACUAGUGGGGCUGAUCUAGGAGCUAAGCAAAGCAGUACCACUGGAACACAACAUCAAUCAAAAGAAAGUCCAUCAACUUCACCAUCAUUUAAUCACACCAUCACUACCCUACUCGACACAAACAUGUCCGACGUUCAGCUGAGGACACCACCACAAAGUGGUGAACAUUCCCCAGCUACCUUGACUACACAGCAGCCCAAGAGCACAACACAGUUAGCAAGCACAACAACGAUAACCAAUCAGAAGUUAGAAGGGGCUGCAUUUCAAGGAACAGGUUCUACAACAAGCAGCCAGCACAGAGUAGACCUCGAAUCUUCAAAAAGCACAACAAAACAGCACAGCACAGCAGAUACAACCACUUCUCAAAGCACAACUCUGCCCCUCCCUAUGGGACGUGGACGUUUGCUCCCAAUGGACAAUGAUGCAAGACCAGAAGAAGAUAAUUCUCUAUCUCUGGGGAAUACCUCAUUAGUUAAACUUGGACCCACCCCUUCUGCAAAUUCCUGUGCAACAGGUUUGGGCCUCUGUUCUUCUCCUGAAGACCGGACACCCAGUGAAGCCCCUGCCUUAAACCAGACCUUGCUGGUGUGGGCUGACCUGAGCCACACACUGACGUUUGCCUGGGAGAUGCAUGUUUUUGGCUCUGCUGCCCUCUUCCUGCUUCUCACUGCUGGGUCUGCUUUGGGUUUAAUCCUGGCUCCCAGCAUGCACUGCCCUCACCGUGGGGCACUAGCACUUGCUAAUGGCCUCCUGCUCCUCACAGGUAUAAUCCGAGCCAUUUACUUCUUGGUUGAUCCCUAUGGUUCUCGUCUGCUCUUGCCAUUAUCAGUUGCCACAGCCCUGUGUACAUUACCAUUACCUCUGUUAAUAUGGGUGCAUUCUGCAGUGGUGGUGUUGGUGCUAAAAGGGGCUGAGGUGGUUUUGCUGCCUCCACCUCUUCAGCACCCACCUCUUCUGCACCCACCUCUUCUGGCUGUGAUGGCCAUUCUCCAAUGUACUCUACUGCUAGCUGCUGACCUGCUGUCACCUGCACUGUCACCUGCCGUACCUGUUGUCCUGCAAAGCCUUACUUUGACUGCUGGGUUGGUACUGUGCCUAGGUUACAUAUUCCUUGUGCUGCCACGGCUCUCCAAUGUCCAGGUAGGCCACAGUAGGGAUAAAGGGCUAAGUAGUUCAAAGAUGAGGAUGCUAGUACGUGUGCUAGCAGGGUGUGCGCUUCUCGGGGCAUUGUGCUGUCUGUUGCACACUUAUACCUGCUUUUGGCUGUACGGGCUGCUAGGGGACUGGCGCCAUUUCCGCUGGGCUUGGUGGCUGGUUCAGUUCUGGGCACGACUGCUUGAACUUACAUGGGCCUUCUGUCUGUUGCUGCUGAGCUCCUGGGUUUUCUGGAGACCUCAAGGGGGUCAGAUGGGGAGAGCUCAAGGACAGGGAGUGGGUGUCACAGGUGACCUCACCUCGCCCUGCUCAUCCUCCAAUUCUUCAGAAACACACACUUGCUGGGCAAAGAUUGUGCAGAGCCUGAAGGGGAGGCCUUGUAGGAAAUCUGACAGCAAUGGGGUGGGAGGGGCUAGUGGUGGUGGGGUUGCAGGGGAGCUGCCUAAUAACUGGGCAGGACAGGAACGCUCAGGUGUAGACAUCAGCAAGAGCCUUAUAAGAAACCGGGACCUACCCAAAGAAAGCAACCGUGGACGUAACCAGAGAAGCAUUGACGGUUCAUUUGGGUCAUUGCUAAGGCUGCAGGCACUCAAUCGGCCACACCAGUGCUCAGUGAGCAGCAGUCUGGACCGGGAAAAAGAAUCGGCUGUCUCACUUUAUGACUUUGACUUGCGUCCUCCAUCCCCAAUUGACCUGACCCGUAGUAUUGACGAGGCACUGCACCGGGAGCAUGUGCUCAGGGGUGGUAGCUUGUUUCAUCCUCUGGGACCCCCGUCACCACCUCCAUCUCCUGAGACUUGGAUGCGCAGGAACAGUGAUCCUCAAAUUAUGCUGUCAGAGAGCAGUGAUGAACACACUCUGUUGACGGAGUCCUCCGCUGGCUUAAACCGCUCCAUACCCAGUGCUGUCCCAAGCCGGCAGGUAACAGCUCCUCCUACACCCACCCAUCAAGGCCCACGCUGGACCUCUCAAGCUCUUGUGCCUUCCUCCAUUUCCUGCCCCAUCUCCUUGCACCCCUCUCCUAGUAUGGGUCGAGCCCUGAGUCCCAGCACAGACGAUACCAGACCGUUCCUCACCCCUGACCUAGAUAAGGUGGGGUCUGACAAUGGAGGGGAGAGGAGCUACCUGACGGCCAAUCGCCAUGAUGACUCAGCGAGUGUCACAAGUGACAUAAUCGAUCUUUGAACUGACUUUAUUGGUCAGAGACCCAUGACCUAGGAAACAACCACCUGACAUUACCUGAAAGAUAAUAUGGACUAACAUUUAGUCUGCUGUGACCUAGAAUAAAAAAGAAAUAUCAGAUUGGACUUAAAGUUAGAACAUAGUAGGUUUGCAUGCAGUUUGCAUUAUUUUUACGAGUCACCUAUUUUAUUCUUGGGGUGUUUGUUCAUACCUUUGGUUUUGCACACCUAUGUACAUAUUUAAGGUUAAGGAGCAAAGUGAAAGAAGCAGCUGUGUUCAGAAAAUGUUAAGAACUAGCAUUUCUUUUUUUAACAUUUAUGCAUAUGUAUUAUUUUUAUUAUUUAUAAAUCAGCUGAGAGUAUUAAUUCAACAUGUCUGAAUCAUUUCAAAACAUUCAUUUGCAAAUAUUAGCUGAUGGUUGUUGUAAAUUUUAGUAUGUUUGGAGGAACUUUUUUAAAAACUUGGUUUGGACUUUAUUUGUAACUGACUGAAUUUCAGAGACUAUAUUACAUCUUGAGAGUAACCGAGACAUUUAGUAUGUUAUGAGAUUAGAAAUUGUGUCUGUAUUACUUUUUUUUUAUGCACCAAGCUGAUGGACACUAAAGUCAUAUUACAAUACAUGAGAUCACACAAAUCUAAUCAAGUAUUUCUUUGCAAAUGACAUUUUUUCUAGAAAUUUUGUGGAGAGUUAUUUUACUAGAAAUGUUUGGGAAAGGGUUUUUUUUUCAGUUGGUUUGGACUUUUCCCAUAACUGACGGAAAAGUUGUAUCCAAGCACUUACGUAUGUCUUUUCUAUGAAUGUAAGUGUGAGUGAUUUGUGCUGUGUUAUGACAUGAGAGGUCAUGCCAAUAAUGAACACAAAAGUCAUUGACUGAGGGUAAAAUAUUAUGAUAAUACAGAGAAUAUAGUAAAAGUAGCAUGACCACUUGAUUCAUUGUAAUAGCAGACAUUCCAGUCUUAAUGCAAGACUCAUGCAACAGUUCAACUUAAUUAGCAGUUCAAGUGAUUAAAUUACCAUUAAUUCACAUUUCGAGGUCUUAAAAUUGUAAAUAAUGUUUUCAAACACAUGGCAUAUAAUUUUUACUUACUGUUUUGUGUUUUUGAAGGACUGCACAGUUGCAUUUAUUGCAGAUGGCAUUACUACGUUUGGUUGUUCUUUUUUUCGGCACAAAAUACAAUUCAGCCUGAGAGAAGAUAGAAAUAAAUGUGCCAGCUUCAGAUAUAGAAAAAGAAAUGUGCUUUUAUUAGUCAUAAUAAAAAAACGACAACACAGGUAGCUCUACAAAGCCUCAAUUUAACAGAUGUUGUUUAUAAUAAAAAUUUAGUAGAGUGUAAGAGGAAUAUAUAUAUAUAUAUAUAUAUAUAUAUAUAUAUAUAUAUAGUGCACUAUCCCUGCCUAUUUUACCUUAUAUUUGACAUGAUGGGUGCAAGAUGUCUCUGAAGGGCAAAAAUAAAUUCAGACAUGCACUACAUCCGAAACAUACACAAGCAAAAAUAUGGAUUUUGGGGGAAAAUUUUUUGCACCACCAUUUUUCCAUCACUUGACUCCUAUUGAAUGACUUUAAAAGACUCAAAGCUGAAAGCAGAAGCUGUUCACCAUUAAAGUUCCAUAGUCACGCUCUAUAGCACUAUCAUUUAAUAGUGUGAGCUGCACUAGCAAAAUAUAUUCUAGAAUUCAGUCAAUUUGCAACGUUUAUGCCAUUUCCAGUGAUGAUGUAGAAAGAACACACUCCUAUUCAUGACGGUCCCUUAAAUUGGCCGAUUUUUACUUGUUCACAAACUACAUGUAGUUGCUCUUGACAUCAUUAUCAUUCCUCAGAAGAGCAGGAUGACAUCAGCUUUCACACAUUAUGAUGUAAAAUAGAUGUCUUUAGAUUUUUAAUGAAAAAGAAACAACUAAAAGGAAAAAAAAAGACAGGCGAAUAUUAAGGCAAUGGCUACAGCUGGUGCAAACAUCAUUAACUCUUCUGAGAAUAUCAUUUAGAGUAUAAUUUAAUGUCAUAUCUUAUUUCCAAUCAGGCAGUGCAUGCCUUAAACAGCAAACCCGAGAUUAUGUGUAACAUAAAAUAAAAUGUAAAUAUUGCUAUUUUUGUGGUUUGUAAAUAAAAAUAUGCCAUGUUCAGAAUAACAUGAAAUAUAUUUACUGUGAAUGACAAUCCUGCAUAGUGCAAGUAUAUUUCCAGGCACAAUACAAGGACUGGCAUUAAAGAGACUCUUAUUUUUUUAGAUACGUAAAAGUAUAGGAAAAAGUAUAUGUUUUUCCUUGUAUUCAAAUAUCUUCCCUGAAAAUGUUAACGUUUCUCCUGUUCUCUUUACUAGAAUGCUGGGAGGAUCACAACUGUGAAAAUAUAAUGACCAGCUUGAGUUUCCACAUUCUGGUCAAUAUGUGAUUGUGUAACUGAAUGUACCUGCUCAAUUAAAUGUUGUAUUUGUGCUGUCAUAUGAUCCAAUGAAGUGCCAUAAUGAUGUCUUGAACUCCCCCAUCCCAUUCAUAUUGGGUUGGCUUUUUGUCUCUUUUUUGAUAGCAUUGUUUUUGUUAUUUGUAUUUUAUGAAUUAAGUGUCCUAGUGCCGUAUACGUGUAUUUUGUGCCAGCAUGCAUACAAAGCACAUCAGAGUCCAUCAUUUUCUUUGCAAACUGAAACAUGUUCUCUCUUAUUCACUAUGGCUAUGUAUUUUUGGGCUGAUGCCUCAGUAUGGUUUUGAUUAAAACUGAUGA